GGAAGGAGGGGAGGACCCGUACAGAACCCCAUUCUGCGGGGAAUGGACACCCAGAUGAACGGUGUCAUGGCUGAGAAGCACAGCCCCAUCGACUACGGGGUCCAGAUCCGCUUCAUCGACGACCUGAAGGAACCCAACAAGUCCCAGAAGAUCCGCCCCAAGAUCUCCAAGCCGGGUUCUUACGGCGUCGCGGUACGCGUCCAGGGCAUCGACGGGCAGCCGUUCGUGGUCCUCAACAGUGGCGAGAAGGGCGGGGACUCAUUCGGGGUGCAGAUCAAAGGAGAGAGCAAAUACGGGGCGCCCGCCCGGAACCAGCAGCCGGAGGAGCCCUUCCCGGGUUCCCCCGGCGCAGGGUCGUCGUCCAAGGAUGCCUCCGGCUCCAUCAGCUCGGACUCCGACCUCCCGGAGAACCCGUACGCAGCGAAACAGUCUCGCUACGGCUCCCAGUACAGCACGUCUGAUGAGGAGCAAGGCCCAAGGCGCCUUGCCCGGGUGCCAAAUCUGGACAGCUUGGAGAUGGCCUCCUCUGGUCAGAGCAACGGGUCCUCGCUUCCCCGAGGCGGUGGCUACAGGACACUGCCCCACAAAAAGUCCUUCGGGGAGCAGCUGCGACGGACUCAGUCUCAUGGCUCCCUGCUGAGCCCCGAUCUGGAGGAGCCCCGCGGGCCCAGCCCUCCCCGAGCUCAGCCUAUCCCCACUUCCCAGCCGCCCCCUGCGGCAGGAACCACGAGGAGCGCCAGCAUGACAAACCUCGCCGGUCGAAGAGUGCCCAGCCCUCGAGACGAAGCAGACAGUGUCUCCGGUCUGAGGCCCGUCAACAGGCAGCUGGCGGCGACGGUGAAGAAGCCGUCCCCGCCCCUGCCGCUGGCAAACCGGGGCAGUGAGGGCGGCGACGUGGACACCAAGCCGCUGUCUUCAGUGGACUCCCUGAUCAAUAAGUUUGACGGGAAGGCCCCCCAGAGAGGCAGGGCCUCCCGGAGAAGUCGGGUCCUGCCGGAGGACCGGAAGCGCUCGCAGAGCCUGGACGGCAGGGUGCUGUACCAUGACACGGCAGACAGCCGGGAGCUGGACGUCGGCGGGCGACAGGCGAGCUCGGGAGGCAGGCCCACAACUUCAAUGGCCAAGCAGCUUGGCUCGGCAGGAUCCAGACUGACCCGGGAGAACGGGAUGGACAAGUCCAGACUGACCCGGGAGAACGGGGUGGACAAGUCCAGACUGACCCGGGAGUGGGUCGACCGGAGCCUGGAGGAGCCCGCGAUGGACAAACCGCCAAGCAAAGUACAGUCAGACCUGCAGCUGAAGUCCACCCCGGACCUUCUGAAGGACCAACGGGAGCUCUCCCAGCCAGGGAGCAGCGAGCAUACGAAGGCGCUGAUCUACGGGAUCUUGAAGGAUGGGAGCACAGAAAGUGAAAGCUCCGUGAAGAGGAAAACCGACCUUGUUUUUGAGAAAAUCCAAGCACUGGCUGCCAUUCCUUCGGCGGAUUCGAGAUCUUCCCUGCCCCAGCCCAGCGAGCUGCAGCGGAAGUUCGAAGAGCUGCAGCACAAACUGGACGAGGAGACCAAGCAACUCCGCCAGCGGUUGGAAGUGUCGCAAGACAGCCGGCGAAAUGGCGCCCCCCGCAACCUGGAGAUCCGCCUGGAGGAGUCAGAGGAGGAAUGCCGUCGGCUUCGGGAGGCCUUUGAGAAGAAGACGCAGGAACUGCAGAGCAGCCUGAAGGAGCUGAAAGAGGCGAAAAUGCUCAAAGACCAGACGGAUGCGAAGGUGGCCGACUUGGAAGAGCAGCUGACGGAGAUGCAGGAAGCGCUUGACCGCUUCCGGGAGCCCUCGGGGGAUCCCCCUAGUCGGGAAGCCCUGCUACAGGAGCUGCUGGAGACCCGGGAGGAGCUUGAGCUGGUGCUGAGCGCCAAGCAGAAGCAAGAGGAUCAGCUGCGCCAGCGGGAACGGGAGCUGACGGCGCUGAAGGGGGCCCUGAAGGAGGAGGUCGCCAGCCAUGACAAGGAGCUAGACCGGCUCCGGCAGCAGUACCAGCAGGACGUGGAGCAGCUCCGGCGCAACAUGGAGGAUGUGUCGCAGGAUCAGGCCAGCCUGGAGGCUGAGCGGCAGAAGAUCAACUCCGUGGUGAGAAACCUCCAGAGGGAGCUGGAGGAGAGCAAUGAGGAGGCCUCCCACUGGAAGGAGAUGUUUCAACGGAACAAGGACGACCUGCGGAGCACCAAGCAGGAGUUGUUGCAAGUGAAGGCGGAGCGUGAGGAGUUCGAAGAAGAGCUGAAGGAGACGCGUGAGCGCUUCUCGGCGAUGCGGCAGGAGGCGGACCAGGCCCGGAAUGGCGCUGGGGUUGCCGGUGAGGCCGACUCCCUCCGGAAGGAUCUCCGGGAGGCUCGCGAUCAGCUGCGGGAGCUGCUCCUGGAGAAGCAGGCCCAGGACGAGGUGGUCCGCCAAAGAGAGAGGGAGCUGGCUGCCCUGAAGGCAGCGCUGCAGGAGGAGGUGGCUGGCCAUGACCAGGAGGUGGAGGAGCUGAAGCGGCAGUUCCAGGAGAGCGUGCAGAGGCUCCAGAAGGACUACGAGGAGGCCGCCAAGGUGAAGGCCGCGUUGCAAGGGGAGAAGGAGUCAACGGAACAAACGAAGAGGGUGGUGGAGUCCACCCUGCGGGAGAUGCAGGAGGAGAACGACGACCUCCGGCGGAAGAUCCUGGGCCUGGAGACGCAGCUGAAGGAAUACCGGCACUUUGCUGAUGGCUGGCAGAGCACUGAGGCCAGGCUGAAGGAGAAGGUUGCCAAGCUGGAGGCUGACCGCCGGCAGAUGGAGGAGUCCCUGGGGGACGCCACAGACCAAGAGCAGGAGCUGCUGCUGGCCAAGAGGUCCCUGGAGAGCCGGCUGGAGGAGGCCCAGCGGAGCCUGGCCCGGCUCUCACGGGAGCACGAAGACCUGGCCGCCUCCUUCCAUGAGGAGGCCAAGCAGAAGGAACAGCUGAAGAGGGCCAAGAGCGAACUGGAGGAAGAGAAGCGGCUCCUGGACAAGAGCGUCGGGAAGCUGACCAGAGAGCUGGAUCAGAUGACCGAAGAGUCCCACCGGGCCCUGUCUACCCUGCAGUCGCAACUGGAGGAGUACAAAGAGAAGUCCCGCAAGGAGAUAACGGACUCGCAGAAGCAGGCCAAAGACCGGAAUGCCGAGGUGGAGAAAAUGCAGUACAACGUGGGACGGCUGCAAGAUGAGGUCGCGAGACUCAAGCAGGCCUUGCAGGACAGCCAGGCCGAGCGGGAGAACGCCAUGCUGGACAAGGAGCUGCUGGCUCAGCGGCUCCACAACCUGGAGCAGGAGGUGGACUCCAAGCGGCGGUCCCAGGAUGAUCGAUCCCGGCAAGUCAAAGCUCUGGAGGACAAAGCGAAACGGCUGGAAGUGGAACUGGACGAGGAACGGAACACAGUUGAGCUGCUGACCGAGAGGAUUAACCGCACCAGAGACCAGAUUGACCAAUUGCGGGCUGAGCUGUUGCAGGAGCGUUCUGCCCGGCAGGACCUGGAGUGCGACAAGAUCUCUCUGGAGAGGCAGAACAAAGACCUCAAGAGCCGGCUGGCCAGCUCCGAGGGGCUGCAGAAGCCCAGCGCCAACGUCUCGCAGCUGGAGUCGCGUGUUCAGGAGCUGCAGGACAAGCUCCAGGCUGAAGAAAGAGAGAAGAACUUGCUGGUGUCGUCCAACCGCAAGCUGGAGCGGAAGGUGAAGGAGCUGACCAUCCAGAUUGACGACGAGAGGCAGCACAUCAAUGACCAGAAAGACCAGCUGAGCCUGCGGGUCAAGGCGCUGAAGAGGCAGGUGGACAGCGCCGAAGAGGAGAUUGAGCGGCUGGAGACUGCACGGAAGAAGGCCCAGCGGGAGCUGGAGGAGCAGCACGAGAUGAACGAACAGCUGCAGAGCAGGAUCAAGGCCCUAGAGAAGGACCUCUGGCGCAAGGCAGCCCGGUCCACGGCAGAAUCCUCCCUGAAGGAUGACCACUUGAGCUCAGACGAGGAGUUUGACAGCGCCUACGGCCCGUCCUCCAUUGCGUCCCUCCUGACCGAGGGGAACCUCCAGACCAGUUCCUGCUAGCAGUGUCAGGCUG